AUGCUCAAGUUUAUUUCUAUAUUUUUACAAAUUUCUUAGUAUAUAUUUAUCAUAAUUUUAAGUUUUAUAUAGCAAUCAACCAGAGAUCUUGAGGUUAUUGAUGAAAGAUUGUCAUUUUACAAGAAAGCAAAUAAAAUUGAAUUAGAUGAAAAUAAUAGCUAUGGUUAUGAAUUUUGGUUCAAAUUCAAUCUAAUCCCUCAAAAUACUUAUUAGGAAGUAUUUGAGGAAGAAUUCUUAACAAUUCGAUAUAAUAGCUAAGAAUAGAGUAAUGCAUUUUUAAUUUUUUCUGAGUGGGACUCACUCACAAAAUAAAAUACUGUUCUAUACUUUCUAUAUUAAACAUACUCAGCAGGUUGUAUAUUAUAUGUUAUAAUAUAUCUAUAAAAUUAAUAAUACAUACUCGAUCAACAUUAUAUUGGAUUUUAUAUUUUAGAGGGAAGUUGGGUAUAUACUCAUUUUGGAUUCUAGAGGAACACAAAUAAAUUUUAAUGGUUUUUAUACUCUACUGAAGAUAGAUUAUUAUAAGAGCACUACUAUUAAGUCUAAGGGAUAUAUUAAGAUUUAAUAGAAACCAGCAAUAUAGUUGGUGGAAGUGGGAAAUUUAAAUUCUUCAAUCAAGAUCUAAAUCUUUAAAAAAUUAAAGGUAAAUUCACUUCAGUGACUUUUACGAAGGGAAUUUUAAAUAAAACAAUGAUGUAAUGGUGGCUAACAUAAAUUUAGUUUUCUGAUUUGUGUUCUGAAGCUAAAUAAGAAGUAAUAUUUGAAAAUUAAUAUUUGGAUGGUACUAAUUAUUAAUCAAAUCUAAAAUUUUUGAAAGGCAAAAGAUAUAUAAUAAGAGGAUGGAAUAAAUUAAUUAUAAAUAAGGUAUUAUAUUGAUAUAUUUAAGAAUUAAUACUUCGAUUCAAAUAUUUAAAUGAUGAGAAUUACUAUUAAUAAAGACUAUACAGAAAAUAGUAAUAUUGGAGAUAAGCUUUUUUAAUUAAUUUAUGUUCUGAAUUCAGAUUUAAAUAAGUAAUCAGGAAUUAAAGUAAAUGUAUAAAGAAUCUCUUACCCCUUUUAAACUUAAUAUCAAGGUACACCUUAUGAUAAUUUUAAUUAUUUUGAUGAACUUAUGCUAAAGAGAUUAUCUAAUUGGAUAUACUUUAGUUUUGAAUAAGGUGGAUAUUAAUAAUAAUUGUUCAGAAUUUUCUUUGCUUUUGAUUCUUUCAGUUUAGCAUAUGAUUUUGGAAAUACAUUCAAUCCUUACUCUAUUUAUUAAUUAGCUGAUGUUUAACUUUUUAUAUAAAUUGGAGGAGAUAAAUUUUCAAGUAGAUUUUAUUAUGAAGGAUAUAUAUAUAAUUUAUAGAUUUUGACCUGCAUUCCUGAAUGGUAAUUAUAUCAAUAAAAUAAUCCUUAUUAUGAUUGUAAAUAUAAAUAUAUAUAAUGUGAGAAUGUCAUCCAGUUUGUAAAGCUUGUAAUGGGCCAACUGAAAAGAAUUGUUUAAGUUGUCAUGAUUAUCAAAACAGAUAAUAUUAUAUUGGUAAAAAUAUAUGUCCUUGCAAAUUUGGAUACUCUGAAAUUAAAAAUUAAUUAGUUUGUUAAGACAUAUAUAGUUUAUAUAAGAAGGAGAUAGAAUUAGAAGAAUCAACAGAAGAAUGUUAAAUCAAUAUAAAAUUUAAUGGUUUAUAAAUAUGUUCAAUUUGGUAUUCUAUUUUAUAUAUGAUAUGCUAGUCCUGAAAUUAAUUAUAGGUGUUAUGAUUGUAUAUUGAAUCCUAACAAUUGGAUUUCAAAUCCUUUAUGUACAAAAGACAUUGUGUAUUCUAGUUUAAGUAGUUCAUCAAUGUUAAUUAGCAAUAGAGAAUAUAAAGAUUAUACUUUGUAUACAUUUGAUAUUGAAUUUGGAUUUUAAUUAUGUGAAGGUUGUGAAAAACUAUGUACUGUAAAUGAAGAAGAUUGUAAUCAUUUAUAAGGAAGAACUCAUUUAAAUGAAAAGGUUUUUGUAAAAUGUAAGAAGGAUAACUUUUAUUUUGAAGAUAAUAGUUGUUAAAUGUGCAAACCAUAAUGUAAGAAAUGCUUAUCAUUAAAUAAAUGCUUAAAUUGUUUAGAUGGAUACUAUCUAAAAGAUGGAGAUUGUUUUUAAUGCCAUUAAGAAUGCCCAAAAUGUAUAUAUGAUAUUGAUUAAUUAAAAAUAAUAUGUACAACUUGCAUUGAAAAUUAUGGAUUAAUUCAAGGAUCUUGUUAAAGAUGUGGAUCACAUUGUAUUAGUUGUGAACAAAGCAUAAACAAACUUACAUUUAAUCUAUUUUUAAGAUGCUUAGUUUGUGAAGAUAAUAAAAAAUUUAUGAUAAGUUAUGAUUAAUUUAAUUGUAUAGAUAAUCCAAUUAAUAAUUGUAAUUAUGGAUUCAUUUAUUCAUCAAAUGAUAGAACUAAGAAUACUUUAAGUUUAGAUUAAGAUUUUAUAACAGCUGAUACUGCUGUCUUUGGAUGUGCAUAAUGUGAAUAGUAUUAUCAAUAUGAUAUUAAAAAUUAACUUUGCUAGUAUAAUUAUUCAUAAUAUUGUAAAUAAUUUAUAAGAGACAUUGAAUAUGGAUAAGAUUAAUGCUUAGUUUUUACAAACUAUCUAAUUAUUUUUCCAUACAAUCCAUAUAAAGUAUUUGUCAACGAUUUAGAAUGUGAUAGAUAAUAACCUUAAUGUAUCUAAUGUAUGAAAGUAUUUUUUAAUCACUAUUGUCUUGCUUGUAAAACUGGUUACUAUGCUGAUUAAGAUGGAUUAUGCAUUGAAUGUCCUAAAGAUUUAAAUUGUAAAAAUUGUUAUAUUCAGUCUAAAAAAUAUAAAGAUAAUUGGAAAACAAAUAUUAGAGCUACUUUUGAAUAUUUCUAUAUUACCUAUUAUGUUGAAUCAUCUCUAUUUAGAAAACUAAAUUCAAAACCAAAUGAUGAAUAUGAAAUAUUAUGUUAUGAUUGUUGGGAAGAUUAUGAAUAUUAUAAUGGGUUAUGUAUUAAAGCUUGUGAUUGUAUAACUUGUGUUAAAAUAGAUAACUAGAAUAUUUGUGAAGUUAGUCCUUACUUUUAAGAUUUUUUAUCUCUAACCAUAAUUGAGGGUAAAUAUAUAGAUUGUUCAACCUAUUGUUUAUUUUGUUUUCCUUUAUCAGAUUAAGAACUUAAAUCGAUUAAUCCUUACUUUUAAAGUAAUUAAUUUUCUUAUUUUUCUAAUAAAUGUUUAAUUCCUAAUAGAAAUUUCAAUAACUUAGUUUAUGAUUCAUAUCUCUUAUAAUAUAAAAAAUGCUAGGAUCAUUAAAAUUGCUAGAUGGAAAUAUCCAUCAACUAUUAUUUAAUAUGCUAAUAUGAUUAGACUAUUCAAAAUUAAGAUUCUGCAAUAUAUAUUACGAUUGAAGAAUUAUUCUCUUAAAGUAAUGUACAGAGAUUUAAGGAUUUUGAAAAUGAUGUUUUUUAUGAAUAUGCAAAUACUUAAAUGAUAGAGAAAAUAAUAAUAAAAAUUGAAGUUUAAAAUUACUAAUAAUGUUUCUUACCAUCAUUGUCUUUACUAUAAAAUCAAUUUUUAAAAAAUAUAUUUUCUAUAAGAAAUGUUGAAUUACAUUUAUUUAGUAAAAAUUCAGCUGAAUUUAUAGUUAAUUAAAUUGCCAUAAUGGAUUUUUAAUUUAUUAAACUUUAAAAUAUAUAAUUUAAACCAUAUGAUAAGAGCUUAUUUAAGUUAUAUAUAAAUUCUUUAAUAGAAUAAUAAUUAAUCUUUCAGAAUCUAAAUUUUACUAAUUAAAAAAAAGUUAAUAUAUUCUCAGUUGAAAUUAAUAAUAUCAACAUGAUAGAAUUUCAUAAUGUUUGUUUUAAUGAGAUAGAGACUUCUUAAACUUUUGGAUUAAUAACAAUCACUUAAGCCAAAUCUAAAAAACUGUAUUUUGUAGAUUUAAAAUUAUUAAACUCCAAAAUAACUAGUACUCAAUUUAUAGCCUUAACAAAUAUAACAUCUUCAGAAAUCAUAAUUGAAGGAUUAUAAAUUGAAACUGAAUUUUAUAAUUCUUAAUUAUUCUAUUUUUAUGAAUCAAUUUAAAAUGAUAUUAAGAUAUCUUAAUUAUCAAUUAAAUCAAAAUUAAUAUUAUGUUAAUUUUGGUUAAAUUUUAUAGAUUAAAAUAAAAUAGAAUUAAAGGAAUUAAACAUUUAUAAAUCCUAUAUUGUUUAAAGUAGAUUAAUUUUUUUAAGAGACAAUACCUAAGUUUCUAAUGUAAAUGCAUCUCAAAAUUAAUUAUAUUAGCAAUCAAUUCUUUUUUAUUUUUAUAAUGGAUAUAGAGAAAAUAGUACAAGUCAAUUAAUAAUUAAAAAUGUUUUAUUUUUUGAAAAUUAAUGUUAUAAUAAUUAUUGUCUAUUAUAUGUAGUUCAAGAUUAAGAUACAUCUUUAAAUCAACUUACAUUAACAUAAUUAUUAAUAUACUUUAAUUAUAGAUUAUCGGAAAAAGAGAAUGAAAAUAUUGAAGAAUAUGAAACUUUAAUUUAUUUAUCUCUUAAAAUUAUUAUAAUAGAUGAUUUAUAAUUUAAAAGAGAUUUUAUGUCUACAUUUGAUAAUUAGAUUCCAAUUAAUUAUAUGCAAAUAAAUAAUUUAAUAUCACUUUAAAUUAACUCUAUUAAAAUAAGUGAUAUUAAUCAAAAAAGUGUCUCAUUUUUGUAUUAAUCUUACAAAUGUUCCAUAUUAAAAUAAUCAUCAACAACUAAUAAACCUAUAUUAAUUAUUCAAUCAUUUUAAAAUCUAGAAUUAAAUUUUAUAGAUAUUUUUAAUAUCAUUAAUUUCAAUUCACCAAUUAUUAAGAUUUUAUCUUAAAAUUCAUAAGUCAAAUAAUAAAUUGAAUAGUUACUUAUUAGAAAUAUUAAUUUUACAUCCAAUUUAUUAUUAACAACACAAUAUUUUAAUUCAAAAUCAAUUCUAGAAAUCUCUAGUCAAUAAAAAUAAUAUAUUUAAAUAGAAAAUUUCUUAUCCUCAUUUAAUAUCCUACAUGAAUAUAUAUAAGAUUAUAGUAUAUCAUCAUCAAAUAUAUUACUAAUAGAAUCUCCAUAAAGUGAUAUUACUAUGAUUAAUAUAAAUUUUGCAGAUAAUACUAUUAUAAAUUCAAGUAAUACAUAACUCUUAAUUUAUUGUAAUGCUUUGUAGAUUAUUAAUUCAACCUUUAUAAAUCAUAAUCAAAUGGAUUAAAAUAUGAUUUAUAAAAUAUUUAGUAAUUUAUUUUUUAAUGAAAUGGUAGUUUAAUAUUUUGAAUAAUUAUAAAAUUAUUUCCCAAUUAUAUCUUAAACUGGUAUUGGUGAGUUUCAUUUUAGAAAUCUUAUCAUUUAAAAUAUAAUUAUAAAUCAUACAUUGGGUUAUUAAGGAGGAGCAUUCUCAUUAUAUCCAAAAAAUGAAGGAAUAAUAUAAGUAUACAACUCAAAAUUUCUUAAUGUAAAUUCCUAAUUUUUACUUUUUGAAACUAAAGGAGGUUGUUUUUAUAUAUUAUUACCUUCAUUUAAAAUAGAUAUUCUUAUUGAAAAUUGCACUUUUUCAAAUAUUAAGACAUAAAACUAUGGAAGUAUAAUUUAUGUUGAGUCAGUUAUUGAUCAUCUUAUAAAUCUUAAAAUAGUUGAAGUUUUCAUUAAAAAUGUUUUUAGUUUAUAAGGAUCAGUCAUUUAUUUGAAAUAAAAUAAAGUAGAUAUGAAUUCUAUUAGUUAAUUGUUAUUUUAGAAUGUUGAAAUUAUAUAAGAAGAGGAUUAAUUUGUUAAUUAUUUAAUUGAAUAUAUGACAAUAUCUGAUGAAUAAUUAAAUUAGUUUUUAUAGAAUCGAAGUUUAAUCUAUACAACAUUUUCUAAUGUAUCUCUAUAUAAUUUUUCAGUUUAAAAUAUAUUUUAGGAAAAGAUUUUAGAAUGUAAUUAAUGUUAAAAAAUUUCAAUAAAGGAUUUAGUCAUUUAUAAAGGUAAAAAUACAUUGCCUUUAUUUUAAAUAAUUUCAAAUCAAAAUUAAACUAGUAUUUAUUUUUCUGAUAUCUAAUUUAUUAAUAUUUAAAAUCAAAUUGAUUUAUUUAUAGAUUUAAAUUGCAAUUAAAAAAAGGAACUUUUUAACAUUGAAUCAGGUUGUUAUGUAUAUAAUUAAAAUGAAUAAUUUAAUUUGAUGAAUAAUCUAGUAUAUUAUUAUGAUGAUACUUAUUUGUAAAUACUUGGAAGAUGUAAUUUCAACACUAUUUAUUAAGAAAUCUUAAAUAAAUAAUCAUUAAUACAAAUUUCAACAUAAUCAUAAAUUUGUUAGAUUAAAUUUGAAAAUUGUUUAUUUUAGUCAUUAAAAGUUUCUAAUUCAAUUAUUAGAUUAGCAACUUAAGUAAAUCCAUCAAAUUUUAUUAAAUUUAAAUAAAUAUAUAUUUAAAAUAAUUAUUGUGGAUUUAAUGGAUGUAUAAGAUUAGAAUCAAAUGGUAACUAUCUCAACAGAUUACUAUAAUAAUAAGUAUCACAAGAAUUUGAAACACUUAAUUCACUAAUUAAAAUAGAUUAAUUAAAUUGUUUUAAUAAUAAUGCUUCUAAAGGAGUUUGUUUAAACAUAUAAAAUUAAGCAGUAUACAUAAUUUUCUCUUAAUUUUAUAAUAAUACAGCAUCUGAAUAUGGAGGUAGCAUUUAUUUUGAUACUAAUUCAUCUGAUUAAUAAUUACUAUUUAAAUUUUGUUAAUUUUAUAAUAAUUAUGCUUUAAUUGCAGGUGCUAUUUAUUCAACUAAGAUUAUUAAUAGUAAAUGGAUCAAAGAAUAUAAUUAUUUAGAUAAAAAUGGUUGUAAAGCUUUUGGUUCUACAAUUGUUUAUCCUCCUAUGAAAUUAGGGGUUACUUUUGAUAAUUAUAAUACUAUAUAUUAUCCUAUAACAUUAUAUGAAGGUUAAAAUAUGAAAAUUGAUUAAAUUUAAUUCAAUAAGAAACCUUAAUAAAAUUAUUUUAAUCUUCCUAGUGGCUGUGAAUUAAAUUCAUAUUAAACUGUAACAGAGGAUAAUUUAUAUAUUAAUAAUAACAUAACUUUUCGUUUAAUGGGUUUUAAUUCAAAUGAUGAAAUUAUGAAAAACCUUGAAGAUUCAUAAUGUGUUAUUUAUGAUAGAAUUAUUAACUUAUAAUAAGAAAAUGAAAUAUUUUAAGUAUCUGAACUUGUUUAAUCUUCAGUUAACAUUAAAUCAAUUAAAUUUAAUAAUUCAUCUAAAGAUUAUAAUUUAGAUACUAUUAUAUUGAAUAGCAAAGCAAUUAAUAAUAUAACUCAUGCUUUAUAAUUGAUUUUCCUAUGUAAGAGUAUCUAAAGUAAAAUAUUAAAAUAAUUUUAUAGCAUAAAAAGUGAAUUCUGAAUACCCUUAUAAUAUUAUUUCAACUCAUAAUUAAUAUUAUUUAGAGAUCAAUAUUGUUACAUUAGAUUGUCAAUUAGGUGAAAUUAAAAAUCAAUUAACAGGAGCAUGUUAAUAAUGUGAUGCUUCUUAAGGAUUUUAUUCAGUUUUACUUAAUUAAACAUUAUGCGAUGUUCAAGAUGACACAACAACUGCAGAAGUUAAACCUGCUUCUCUUAAACUACUUUAGGUAUUAUUAUUGAAUCUAAUAAAAUAGGGAUAUUGGAGACCUUAAUAUAAUAAUAAAUAUAUUACAUAAUGUUCAAAUAAGGUAGAAAAUUGUAAAGGAGGUUGGGAAGUAGGAUAUAAUUCAUGUGAAGAUGGAUAUUUUGGUGCAUUAUGUGAAUAGUGCGACAUAUAUGAUAUUAGAGGAGAAGGUAGAUAUUCAAAUACUGAAUCAUAUUAAUGUGGAAUAUGUUAGCCAGAUUAUUAAUCUGCUCUAUAUGCUAUUUUAUUAAAUCUUUGGUAUUAGUUUAAAAUAAUUUAGGAAUUUGUUUUCUAUUAUAUUUUCUGUUAAAAGUUCACAGACUUCGAUUCUAAAUUAAGUGAAUAAAAAGAAUCAAAUAGCUGUAAGUACAUUUUUGAAGAUUUUUAUCAAUUACUUUUAAUUAUUAUUUGUAGUGUCAACCUUUUAAUUACCAAUACCUUAUUAGAUUACAAUAUUAUUAGGAUUUAUGGGAAAUCCUGUUAGAGUAAUUUCUUAUUCAUUAGAUUGUUCUUUAGUAGAUAAAAUUGCUAUUGAUAUCAUUUAUCUUAGGAUGAUUUAGUAAAUCUUAUACCCUUUUAUUUAUCUUUUUAUUAUGUCAACAUCCUAUUUAAUUUACACAAUAUAUCAUAAAAAUAAAAUCAAUUUUAGCUAUUUCUAUAUAGCUAUCUCUUAUUUAGUGUUGUAUUACAGUCCUUAAAUCUUAAGUAGUUUAAUUAAUCUUAUGUCUUUUAGAAGCAUUUCCAAUAUCAAUUGGGUAUAAGCUGAUGUAUCAUUUUAAUAUGAUACACAUAAACAUUACUAAUGGAUUUAUAUUUUAUGUAUUCCUCUCCUAAUAUUUUUAUUUAUCUCUAUUAGCAGUCUAUUUUUUUUACUUUUCAAUAAGCGAAAUAAUUUAAAAAAAAUAAAAUCACUUUUAUAUUGGGGAUACUUGUAUUUAGAGUAUAAUACAGGCUCUUAUUUUUGGGAAUUCGUUAAGUUAAUACUUAAGAUAUUGAUUGCAGUUGUUUUGACAUUUUUAUAAGAAAGAAUUAUUAUUAAAGGUUGUAUAUGCUUUUUGAUACUUGCAUUAUAUAAAUCAUUUAUUUCAAAAUACAAACCAUAUAAAUUGAGAAAUAUAAAUAAUAUAGAUCAAUAGGCAUCUUUUGUAUGUUUAGUAUCUAUUUUAUUUGGAAUGUUGCUCAGAGUAGCUUAUGAAAUCAAAUUGAAUUUUUUUCCAUAAGUUAUUUAUAUCUUGUUAGCCACUCUUAAUAUAGCAUUUACAAUAUACUUAUUGAAAUUAAUUCUUCAAUCUUAUUUGAGAUAAUAUUCAGAAUAUUUGGAUGAAUUAAAAUAAUUUAUUAAGAAAACUUUUCCUAAAUUAGAAAAAUAUAAAUUAUGUAAAAAAUUAUUAUAAAAUUCUUCAUUUGUUAGGAAUUAAGCAAAAUAAAAUUUGAGAAGGAUAGCUUCUAAUGUUAUAUAAAAAAGUUAGCAAUUUAAUAAAUCUAAAUUAAUGUCUAAGCAAUAAUAAUAAGCCAUAUCUAUGGAAUCAAGAAUACAAAUAUAAACAACUGAAGAUUAAAUGAAAACAAGCAUAUAAUUACUAUAGAAAAUUGACUUUAGAAGAUCAUUUUUCCAUAAACAAAGUCUAUAAAAUAUUUAGAAUGAAGAUAAUUGA